GGGCCAUAAAUAACAUAAUCAACAAUGGCGUGGGUGUGUUGUUAAAUAGAUUGUUUUAAAUUGAAUAAUCAUAAAAGUCUUAUAUCUAAAAUAUUAAAAACUUUAAAUUAUAUUUUUUUAAAUUCCUAGCUAGCUUCUGGUUAGUACUAAACUGGUUUAUAGUAUAUAAAGUUUUUUUCUAAUUAUGUAAACAUUACCAUAUUAGUAAUAUCAUUGUGAUCAUGUUUAUGAAAAGUGAGGGGGCAGCUGUUAUAGUUAUGACUUAAGCUUAAUAUAUAGUGUGGUGUCACGAUUAUAACCAAUUACGAUUUACGAUGUCUUCCCCUUGUCAGAAAGGUGGAAUGCGCCUUAGUGAAGCUUUGGAUAACAUACAACUCGCAUAUAAUCCCAUAACAAAGCAGUUACAUUUCGUGAGCCCUAGAGUAGAGAAAAUUGAUAGUGAAGUUGACAAAUUGAGUAAAAAGAGUAGUUUCAGUGAUGAAGGAAUCUCUUUGUCAACAUGUGAGAAAAGUGACACCAGUGAUUCUCCAAAGAGUACCCUUCAGUGGGGUAGUGUGAGUGGUCAUAAGCGAGGAAAAGAUGGAGGUUCUUUCUCCAGUACUGUUUCAAGUUUGUCAGGAUGCUCCCUUGGCUCAGGUGGUUCUAAAGAUGAUGAAUUCCCAGAGACUCAUUCCGAUCCUGCCAAGUUGAAGAAAAAAGGACUGUCCAGUUUUUUUAGCAGAGGAGUGUUCCCUUGGAAGAGCAACUCGUCAGCGAAAAGUCAAGAAUCUGGCUCGUCAGGAAGUUGGCGGUUGUUCGGUAGCAAAUCUAGCGGCAACCUGGCGAAGGGUACAGAUGUUCAGAAGGCCCUGACGCCUGCCUCGUCGGCAGCCAACACUCCACACCACCACAAGAGACAGGGUAGUUCCGCCAGUGAGAAGCAGUUUGAAGACUUGGUUGCGAGUUCCAUUGCGCUCAUUCAGCACGACAGACCUUCGAAUUUACCGGCGAAAUGUACAGAGGAGGCGCUACGUCACAAGGCUGAGCAUGCUCGGCUGGUUGAGGAGGCUAGGAGAAGAGUGGAGAGAGAGGCGGCGGCAAGACAUGCAAGGCUGCAAGAGUCUUUGAGGAUGGAGGAAAGACUCACGCGGCACGCAAAGGAGUGGACGCAGAAUAUACUGCCUGAUUGGAAUAACAUGAAGAACGCGAAACGAACAUUGGAUUUAUGGUGGUGUGGGUUACCACCGUCAAUAAGAGGGAGAGUUUGGCAGCUCGCUAUCGACAAUAAACUUAAAAUAACUCACGAAAUGUACCAAGAUCUGGUCGCAAAAGCUAAACAAAAACUUCACGAAGCGAAGAUCAGAAGAAAUCGGCUCAAAGUCAAUAAUACGUGUGGUUGUGAUAAAAUUGCAACGAAUACUGAAGAGGUAAACGAUAGAUUAUCGGGGAGUACUGAGAAAUUAUCUGCGAAUGAAAAAGACGAAAAACCAAGACUAAGUAUUCCCAGAAACUUUAGUGAACAGAACCUUAAAAGUGCUAAUAUAGAUGCAUCUACAAAGAAGUGUUGCUCGAAAUCGAAUCCUAAUUUGUUGGAGUACAGUGACGAAUGCUCUAUGGAGCUGAUACAGUUGGAUAUCGCGCGGACAUUCCCACAUUUGUGUAUAUUUCAACCGGGUGGUCCAUACUUUGAUGUCUUGCACGAACUGCUGGCUGCGUAUGUUUGUUAUCGGCCAGAUAUUGGUUAUAUACAGGGCAUGUCAUUUAUUGCCGCCGUGUUGAUAUUAAACAUGGAUGCACCACAAGCGUUUGUUUGCUUCGCCAAUCUACUUGAUGGACCCGUAUUGCGUGCGGCCUUUACUAGGGAUGGUGCUAUGAUGCAGCGUCUGUGGAGCGCGUACGAGCGGCUCGUGCAGCACAACCUGCCGGCGCUCAGCCAGCUGGUGGCUCCGGAGCUGUACCUGCUGGAGUGGCUGUACACGGCCUUCGCCAAGGCCAUGCCGCUGGACGCCGCCUGCCGCGUCUGGGACAUGUUCCUCCGGGACGGCGACACGUUUCUCUUCAGCACCGCGCUAGGUAUUCUUCACUUAUAUCAAAACGAGUUAAGAGACAUGGACUUCAUAGCAGCGGCCCAGUUCCUCACAAAGUUACCGGAAGACCUUGACUCAGAGGCUUUGUUCAAGAGCAUCUCCUCAGUCACCAUGACCCUGGAUGGCAUGUCGUUUGAGGAGUUGGUCUCCUGCUGCACUUUGGAGACUACCCUGGAUGAUGAAGUGGAUCGAUUAUGAUGGAACGCUUUCUGGAAAACCAUUGAGGGUUUUAUCAUGGCUAAUUUAUAGCAUUUUUGGUACUUUCAAAGAGCUGAUGAAGUAACACUAACUAUAAAAUAAUACAAACAAAUGACGAGCUAUUAUUAUUGUACUUUGUAUGUUUCAAACGAAAUUCGACCGACGUCGUCGUAAACUUAGAUCUUUGAUGUUGUAUCUAAUGUCAUUCUUAUGCAUAUCACGUAGAUAAUACAGUCGAAUAUUGCGUGUACCUGGUUUUCUUUAGAUGUAUGAUUUAAUCUCAAUAUAAUAUUAUUGUGUAAAUAUUAAUUAGUGAUGGACUCAUUAUUAUAAAUUUCAUAUAUUUUUAUAUUAAUGUUCUUUGGAUUUUUGCCCCAUUGAUCUAAGAAUUAGAUAAGUUCUUUUACAUAUUGUAAAGUAUUAAAGACCGCUAUAUUCUAAAUUUCAUGCACUCUUUGUUUUUAUAUUUUCCUAGUCCAAUACACUAUAUCUACUAUAGUAGUAUCCAUGUUUUAACUAUAUUGUUAAUGUGGCGCGGUAUGAUCUCCGGGUCUAUGACGAGGAACUAUUUUUCUCCAGUAACUAAUUUAUUAAUAUCUGAUAGGAUCCUGAACCACAGCUGUCAAAUGUAAAUGCCCAUAUUUUUAAGAUUCAGUCUCAUUUGACCUCAAAGACUUAUAAAAUAGACACCUAAAUCGCUUUGACAUACAAAAUUGACCACUUGUCUCUAUCUAUGGCCCAUAUUCGAGUAAAUAAAUGUUUUAAUACAUAGUACAAAAAUUUUGAGACGAUGCGGGAUACAACGGGACGGGAUAGAGUGACAAAAUACACUUAUUUGAUCAAGGAAUAAGAAUUGAGACACUUCCUGGAAUACGGACUUAGACUUACUGUACUUUCGGACCUAAACGAACCUGACUAUUGCAUUAUAUAUUGACUACCAUAUAUGACAUUGUUCAGACAAAAUCGACUAUCGUUGACUUAGCAAAAUAAAUCAAGUAUAUUCGAAUUCAAUAUUUAAUUUUGUACAGAUCCGAUGUUUGAUUACACUUAAAUAAAAAUGCUGAAAUUUUGAAUGUAUAUGGCCCUAUUUAUUAUAUUAUUUGUUUCUGUCAAUUAUUAAGUAAUAUUGCGUGUUAAAUAUAUGUACAUAUAUAAUAUUAUCUUACAACGAGUAUGUAGCAGAACUGGUCUUUUAAAUAGUUAAUGCAUUCUCGAAGAUUACUUCGAUAUUAUAUUAUAUAUGCAGGUAGCUCAACGAUAUUGAGUUAAAGUUUAAAAAUAUAUACAGAAAAUGAUAGCGGUAUUUAAAUCGUGCGCUCUGAAAAUGUUAUUACUGCUAAGUAGCUAGCGCUAGCUUUUAUUCAUUGGGUGGACUUUUACAAUUAGUAAUAUUGUUGUUAUAUUAAAAUAUAUAGUUUUGUUUGUGAUUAAUUAUUAUUAUAUUGCAACUGUUUCAGUGUUAAUUUAAUUUUUCGAAUGAAAUAUUUUAUAUGAAAAUCAAAUUUUUAAAAUGAAAUUCGUCUCUUGAUGAUUUCAAAAUUGAAAAAUCAUAUUUGUAUUAUCGUGAAAAUGUUUAUAGGUAAGUAUAUUAUUUAUCUCAGAUAUUUGUUCGCGUAUAUUUAUAUGUUUAGCUAUAAUUUAAAACCAUCAUAAUGUUGUUAUAUAAAACGGCUUUAAAUAUUCUUGCCACGUAUAAAUUUAACCAAUGUUAUCAAAAUUAUUAAAGUAAUAUUUAUCGUGUAAUAAAUUUUAACUUUCAUAUUGUGUGAUGACAACAAAAAUAACUGAAUUAUAUGAAUACAGCGUUAUUUUUUUAUAAACAAAAAAUAGUCCUCAACUAUGUGUAUGAAGUAAACAUAAAGCCAACAGAUAUUUACGGAAAUAUUUUAAAUCGGGUAAUUGUUUAAAAACAGGUUCCAAAGAUUCUAAAUUGUCGAGGUGCUAAAAUUUCUACGAAAGACACCCUGAGAUCUGAAUUAACUUGCUUUUGUAUCAGCUACUUUGCUAUGUGCCUUAAACACAAGUUCCAUAGCCCGUGGACUACUACUAUUUCUUGGAGUUUUUGGUCUCAGCUACUGGCGUAAAAAACUAUGCUCUCAAUAUUAUCUGUCAUUUAAAUAAAUCAAUUUAAAGUUACUUCAAGUUUAAAAUUACUUUUCUCUGUCAUGUAAUUAUGUAGUGACAAAGGUAAAGACAGCCAGUUUUAAAUUUGGAAUAAUUUUACUUCGCGUUUAUUAGUAACACAGUAUGUGUAUUAUCGAUUGUAAACCAAGUAAAGUAUUUGGUAAAUUACUUUUUACUUAUGUGUCUAGAGAGACUAUGACAGCUGUAAAAAAGUCGAAAAAAAUUGAGUUUAGAACUAAUAUCUAUGUUAAGCAAUUCAUGCACACUGAUACAAAGUGACAUACAAAUCGCGAGUGUACGUACAAAUCGCGAGACGUAGCUUGUCACGCAGACUAAUGUAAUAUUUCUGGCCUGUUUUUAUCAGAGACUGUAUCUAGAUGUAUAAAUUAUCUAAGUAUUUUAUAACGUUAAAAAUUCUAGCUUCCGAUUCAUCAAUGAAAUAGUUAUUUAUGCAACUAUUGUGUUAUAAGGGGUAUUAAAAAACGAAUGUGGGUUUAUCGCUCGAGGCGAAGCCGAGUAUAAUAAAAGACUUUAUCUACACCCAUAAUAUGAAUCCUCUAUGAAAGAUUCUCAAACAGUUAACUUACUGCUAAGAUUAAACAUAGCAGUCCUAGUAACCAUUACAUCAUCUAAACGAGUGUUGUAAUGUUGUACUGAAUUUCAUUACAACACUCGUUUGGAUGAUGUAAUGGUUAUUAAGACAUUGGGUGUUUUAAUGUUGGCAAUAAGCUAACUGUUUUAGAAUAUUUAGUAGAAGAUUUAAUGCAUGGAUGUAGAUAAAAGUGUUUAACAACAUUAUGUAUAACAAUUAUUUCGAUUUUGUUUUGUCAUACCGGCAAAUGAAGCGUCUUCAACAGCCAUUUAACAAUAUAAAUUAGAUUUUUCUAUUUAUUUGGGUUUCUUAUUUUUCUUAUUUGUAUUCGAAUUAAGAAUAUACUAUGUUUUUUUCUGUUGCAAAGAAUAAAGUCUAUAUUUAUUGAAGGCUUGAUUAAUGAAAUAUACUCUCGAAUACUCUAAUAAGUUAAAAUACCUACUCGAUCAGCGGAACUAUUGAUUAUUUGAACUCCCAACCCCAUACAUUUGAAUCGAUUAUAAAAUAUUUUUAUUAACUUUAUUUUAAUCAUUAUGAGAAAAAAGAUAGCACUUACAAAAAUUAUUGCGUUAAUAAGCGGUUACGUUAGGUAGAUUAAGAAUAUGAAUUUAUAUAUUAAUAUCUUGAGAUGUUCCUCAACGUCCAUAAAGAAUUUAUUAAAUCAAUGUUAUAGUAUAAAGUUUAAAAAAAGUGUAAGUAAUGGUUGGCGCACACUUAACCACAAGUCGCACUGAUUAGAAAUAUUAAUUUGCGCAGAUAUAACCUCGAAAAAUAAGAAACAGGAAUGGAAACUUAUUAUAUACUUCAAAAUCUUACUCAAGUAUAUUCCCGCUACAAAACUGUAUUAAGAUAUGCUAUUAGGUGAAAAACUGAAGGUCAAAGCGAAGUCAAUACGCGUAUGUUUUUAGGGAUGAUAGCGCACACGUUACGCACGUAGCGCAGAAAUAAUGAAGGUUACAAUUUCUUAUUGUAUGUUUAUCCCUAGCUUUUAGGCAGAGAAAAAAAAAGUUAAAGAAUAACUUUUGUUGGAGUUAAUAUUUAGAAAAAUAUUAUUAGAAUGAUUUUCUGCAAUUUUAAUGACAGUUUAACCGAUUUGAGUGCGAUUUUAGUGAUUGAUUCUUUCGAUUUUGGUUUACAUAUUAAAUUUUUGUCUAAUCAUGGUGGGCACAGUUUUAAAUUCGUGAGAAUAAGCUCCCACAUAACUGUAUGCAUUACUUAAACGUAUUUUUAAUACUUAUAAUAAAUGCAUAUUGUUGAGGGCACUUUGCUAUUUGGUUGGUGUGCGUCGACCAUUAUUAUCAAUUCUAGUGUAUAUUAUAAUUUAUGUAUAAUAUUACAACAGUUGUGAUUUGGACUGAUAUUAUUAAAUGUACGCCAUCUAAAGUUUUAAUUACAUCGAUAUUUAAGCUUUGCAUAGAUUAAAGAUAAAGUUCCAGUUUAAUAUUAAUAAAUAUUGAAUUUGAUUGGAAA